UGCCUAUGCACCAACCCUGCCCUCUCUCCGAUUCCAAGGACAAAUUUAACGAGGAACUCAGUUCCACACUCAGCGAAGUCCCGGAGAGGGAAGACCCUAUUCAUUUGGGUGACUUUGUUGCAAGAGUGGGCGCUGAGCACAGCUCAUGGUCAUCCUGUAUGGGAAAUUUGGA